GUUCAGAAACACUUAGAUCAGGAAGACAAGUGAUAAACAUAAGUGGUCACUUAAUCCUUGUAUAUAGAGGCAGGCUGAAUCUGGCCGACAAUAUAUGCGCUGUUAAAUUCAGACAAGACCUUGUUUAAUCAUGGACCCCAGUACCAGUGCCCAGGACGUGCUGAGAUGUGACCUCUGUAAAAUAGGUGUGGUAGCGAUGCACUGUGACACAUGUCUGGUUAAUCUGUGUAAGGUCUGUGUUGGAGAACACAUGAUUUCUGAUGAAUCAAAAAAUCAUGAAAUUGUCCCUUUCAAGCUUAGAAAAUCUACCCCCAUUUAUCCUGGAUGUACAUUUCAUGUCAAAGAACGAUGUGAAAUGUACUGUAAUCAAUGUGACAUUCCUGUGUGUGCCACCUGUCUUACUUCAGAUCACCAUCUGGGUCAUAAAUUAUUAAAAAUUUUAAGAGUUCUAGAGAAGAAAAAAGAAGACAUCAACAAAGAUCAAACUGAGAUGAAUGAUACAAUUUACCCAACCUACCAGGACAUUGUCUCUGAUGUACAAAACAGAAUGAGUCAGUUAGAAAAGGAAUAUGAAGACCUUUCAUCAGCCAUAUCAAAACAUGGAGAGGACUGGCACAGAGAAAUUGACAAACUUGUCAAGAAACUUAACGCUGAAGUUGAUGAGAUGAAAAACACACAGAUGCAAACUCUACAGAAACACCUGGAUGAAAUAAUUAAGAACAUUUCUGAAAUCAAGAAUGAAAUUAAUUCAAUUGAUGCUGCUGUCAACUCUAAUGACAUUUCAAAAGUAUUCAAUGUGAAAUCAGAUAUAAAAAGACAUAGAAAUCUUCCAGAAAAAAUACUCAUAUCUUUACCAAAAUUUACUCCAGGAAGGAUUCAAGGAAACGAAUUCUCUAAAUUCUUUGGAGCUUUGUCAUCAAGUUCCCUCACUUCAAAAAAGCUAGGCUACAGCCUGAAGACAACAGAAAACUCACCAGAAGCUGGAUCCUCUCCUCCAAUGAAACAACUACUUGAUGAACCAGAGACUGUCACCACCAUUGAAACUGAGUAUACAAACAUUCGCAAUGUGGCCUGUCUGAGUAAUGAAGAGAUUUGGACAAUUGGACAAUAUAACAACACUAUGAAACUCUACAACAUAAGUCAGGGAUCACUACUCAAGUCAAUCACAACCAAGUCAGGAGACACACCAGCUGACAUAGCAGUGACAAAAACUGGAUAUCUAGUUUAUACUGAUUGGCGGUGCAGAACUGUGAAUAUUGUGAAGAAUGAGAAGAUAGAAGAGGUUAUCAGAUUAACGAAAUGUAAUCGUCAUGUUGUCUGCAUCGCAACCUCUGGAGAUUUUCUGGUUAUAAUGGAUAGUGAUGACAUAAAUCCAUCAAAGAUUGUCCGUUACUCUGGUUCCACAGAAAGACAAACCAUUCAGUUUGAUGAUAAAGGCCAACCUCUAUAUCCAUCCGGUCCUUCUACGAGACAUAUUACUGAGAGCAGAAACCUGGAUAUCUGUGUAUCGGACUGUGAGGCUGGAACAGUAGUGGUGGUAAAUCGGGCUGGAAGACUGAGAUUCAGGUACAAAGGACAUACUCCUGCUCCAAAGAACAAACCAUUCAGUCCACUUGGAAUCACCACAGACAGUCAGAGUCACAUCCUUACAGCUGAUAAAUGCAAUGACUGUGUCCACAUCAUAGACCAAGAUGGACAGUUCCUCUGUUACAUCAAUUUUGGUCUGAGAAAUCCAUGGGGACUGUGUACAGAUACAAAUGACUAUCUCUAUGUUUCUCUAUAUGAUGAAGGACAAGUGAAGAAAAUCAGAUAUCUGCAGUAAAAGCAAACUAGAGAAAUCUUUGAAAAUAUGAAAAUAACUUGGAAAUAAUUGAUAAUACAUAUAUCUACUUCUUAUAAAAUUUCACCGGUUUAUGAAUGAACUGUGAAUUUAAAAGUAAAUUAUAUCAUAGAAAUGCAUUUAAA